AUGCCGCGCGCAACGUCGCUGCUGCUGGUGAUCGCAGCCUGCACCGCGGCGUCCACGGUGUCAGCGGCGGCAGCCAAGAGGCGAGGCGGCGCCAUGGACGUCCUCGCGCCGCACCUCGUCAACUCGGCCGUGUCUAUGCUCACCGGCACAUCGCAACAGGACACAGACGCUCCGCACAUCUCGCUCAAGGUCAUGCCGUCCAAACGCAUACACCUCUCGCCGAGCGAAAUGAACGCGCUCAUCUUCACGAUCAAACAGGAGAUACAUCGCAAGGACCUGCUCGAGAGGCGCCACGAGAACGAGAAACACCUUUCGGCAUGGGCGCUGAACCAGGCACCUGUCUAUAUGCCCUUCCGAGGUACGAACAUAGCCCAUGACCGUUAUGACGCACGACCAGACAAUCCCGCACAAGACAAAAACAAACGGGAAUCGACGCUGCAGAUGGAGGUCCAAAAAAUUAAACAGAAGGCAGACGCCGAGACCAGUGUCGGAAAACCGGCCACCGUGAGCAGCGAUGCACACAAUGAGAAGAAGGAGCCGGAUUCGCACUGA